UGUCAACAAAGGGCUAAAGGUGCUUGAUUUUUUUUUUUUUUUUUUGCUUCUUCCGCAUUCACUCAAUCAGAUUAGUUAAGAUUCCAAUCCAACCAAGUCACUCUCGGAGGCAAAAUCUCGAUUCUGGUGUCAAGGGUUCCCCCAUCUCGAGAAUUUGGAUGCUUGUGUCUAGAACAGAGUAAGAACACCGAGAUCGGUCUUGAUCGGUUUGAAUCUCCUUGAUUCUGCAUCUGAUCAUAUCGAGACAGUCUUGUAAUAAAAGUCAAUUCCUUUUUUAAAGCAUCUGGAGAGAUUGAUUAUUUAGCAAAACAAUGUCUGAUCUCAAGGAGCGUUUGCUUCCACCAAGACCUGCCUCAGCUAUAAACCUCAGAGGAGACACAGCAGCAGCGUCACGCCCUUCUGCAUCAGGGAGACAACCUCUCCUCGGAGUAGUCGACGUCACGGGUCUCAAGAAGCGUGGACAAGGUCUCAAGUCCUGGAUCCGCGUCGACACUUUCGCCAACACGCAGGUCAUCGAGGUCGACAAGUUCUCUAUGAUGCGCAGAUGCGACUUGCCGGCACGUGACUUGCGCCUGCUCGAUCCUCUCUUCGUGUAUCCCUCGACUAUCUUAGGGAGAGAGAGGGCCAUCGUUGUUAACUUGGAGCAGAUCCGCUGUAUCAUCACCGCGGACGAGGUUCUGCUGCUGAACUCUUUGGAUAGCUACGUGCUUCGGUACGUGGUCGAGCUCCAGCAGAGGCUCAAGGCGAGUGCUGUAGGCGAGGUUUGGAGUCAGGACAGCAACGAACUCGUCAGGAGGAGGAAUAGAGACAGCAAUAACAAUGUCUUGUUUCAGAACUCGUCUCCUGAUUAUUUGCCUUUCGAGUUUAGGGCUCUCGAGAUCGCCCUCGAAGCUGCUUGUACCUUCCUUGACUCCCAAGCUUCGGAGCUGGAGAUCGAGGCGUAUCCUUUGUUGGACGAGCUUACCUCGAAGAUCAGUACUCUGAACUUGGAGCGUGUGCGUAGGCUUAAGAGCAGGCUCGUGGCGUUGACGAGAAGAGUUCAGAAGGUGAGGGAUGAGAUUGAACAGUUGAUGGACGAUGAUGGGGAUAUGGCUGAGAUGUAUCUAACGGAGAAGAAGAAGAGGAUGGAAGGAUCUUUGUAUGGUGAUCAGUCUUUACCAAACGAUGGUCUCUCUUUCUCUGCGCCGGUCUCUCCUGUUUCCUCUCCUCCUAGUUCCAGGAGACUUGAGAAAAGCUUGAGCAUUGCGAGGAGCAGGCAUGACAGUGCAAAAAGCAGCUCGGAAAGCGCAACUGAGAAUAUAGAAGAGCUGGAGAUGUUGCUGGAAGCAUACUUUGUCGUCAUUGACAGCACUCUCAACAAGCUAACCUCAUUGAAGGAGUACAUUGAUGAUACUGAAGAUUUCAUCAACAUUCAAUUGGAUAACGUGAGGAAUCAGCUGAUACAGUUUGAGCUGCUGCUGACUACAGCGACGUUUGUUGUGGCCAUCUUUGGGGUUGUGGCAGGGGUAUUUGGGAUGAAUUUUGAGAUAGAUUUCUUUGAACAGCCUGGUGCAUUUAAAUGGGUUUUGGCCAUUACCGGAGUCUGUGGGGUUCUUGUGUUUUUGGCGUUCCUAUGGUUCUACAAACGUAGAAGGCUCAUGCCUCUGUGAGUGACAUAACUGUCCCCAGAGAUUUUCUAAUUAUUGUUGCUUUUUUAUUUAAAUCAUCUGUGACCUUCACAAGAUUGGAAACAGUGUUUCUAGAAUAGGAUAUCAUGAGAAUGAAGCUUUUAACUUUGAGUCA